AUGGCCAAGGCCAUGGAGGAGGAUGCUACCUUCGCUGCAGGCGUCCUCAAGAGAUGCUUCGGCCGCGGCGGCGACUUCACCGUGGUCGUUGACGAGCGGGAAGGCAGGGAAGGCGAUAGCUGCGGGUCAGAAGUCAAGCGAGUGGAGUUCAAAGUCUGGUCUACCCUGCUAACACAGUGGUCCGCGGUCUUUGACAAGAUGAUCCACUCCGAUGGGUUUUUGGAGGGCCAGACGGCUCAGGUGGUCAUUGCGGACUUCUCCAGUGAGGCUGUGGAGAUCUUCCUUCGGUUUCUCUACUCCGGGGUGGUGGAGGGCCCUCUUGAAACCAUAGUGGAGGUUUGCUCGCUGGCGGACAAGUACCAGGUGGAAAGACUCCAGGAGCUUUGCACGCAGGCUUUCAGGAAAGGCCCUAAACCCUAA